AUGAGGAAAAUCGGUCUCGGCCGCCUGUGUGGAAAAUGCCUUACGUCCCUUGGAGAUAUUUGUCGGCAGCGGGAGCUUUUCGUUUUGAGUCGCAGAAAGAGGCCAUUUGGUUCAUCGUGUUCCAUGCUGGUCCGCCCUGCCCAAUCUCCUUUUCACAUCUGAAGGAGGGUCACUGAACUUGAAACGUCAACUGUUUUUUCUCUUUCCACAGAUACUGCCGGACUUGCUGAGUUUCUCCAGCAGUUUCUGUUUCCUCCCCGGCGUUUAGUCAGUGGCCCUGCAGCUAACCGUGUUUGAGGCGCAUCUCCAGACUCCUUUGGAAUGGGUUGAGGAUUUCUGCAUCUGCUCGCUAUCUCCUUUCGGGAGAUAUUUCUCAUCUUUCCUCGAAUUUGUGUACCAACCACUUUAAGUCUAUGCCUCCCAUCCCUCCCCAAGACACUAACCACUUUGCUAAGGUCAAUAGCAGCCCCGCCCCCCAUCCAUUUCGGCUCAGGCCCGUUCCCCUGUCUCUAGGAUGACCAACGGUUAGUUUUCAGGGGAGGGUCUCCUUCCCCUAUCUUCAGGAUGAUCGAUCUUUGGGUUGGAGGGAAUUGGUCUCUUUCCCCUUUCCAGCAGGACCAACUCUUUAGGAGGUGGGAUUUGAGGGACAUAACAAACGCCUUGACUAAGCUACAAGAAGCACAAGGGGUCAGAAAUCCAAGUAAAAACCGAAAAAUCUGCAGAUGCUGUAAAUCAGGAACAAAAACAGAAGUUGCUGGAAAAGCUGCCAGACCUGCUGAGCUUUGCCAGCAACUUCUGUUUUUGUUCAGAAAUACAAGUGUUUUAGGAGGAAAUGCUGUGGGAUGAAGGAAAAUGAAUAAAGAAAGGAUGAUCCUGUGAAAUAUGGGACAGUUAGUUAUACUACCCUUCCCCAUUUUAACACUACUGAAAUUAACCUUAAAAUGUUGGCCUCGCUCAUAUUCUGUCAGUUUGUGUUAAACAUUAUGUGUUACAUUUAAGAUUCUUAACUUUUCAGCAGAUAUAAUGGAGGACAUUUCUACUGUAAUUAUCAUUUUUGGAAAGUUUAUGGAAUAGUUUGAGAUGAGGUGCUACAUAUACAGAAAAGAAAAGGAAAAGCAAAGAAAGCUAGAAAAUAUGCAGUCAUGAAGCGAAUGAUUAGUUUACGAGAUUCACGAAUAAAUGAAAAAGACAGAGCAAAACCACAGAAGAAAAUGAAAGAUGAUCCUAGUGCUCUGAAAAUAAAAGAAGUGGUCAAGUAUCCUUCUUGCCUGUUUUUCCAAUAUAAUACACAGCUGGGUCCUCCCUAUUAUAUCCUCGUUGACACCAAUUUCAUCAAUUUCUCCAUCAAGACUAAGCUGGACAUCGUGCAAUCGAUGAUGGACUGCUUGUAUGCAAAGUGUGUACCGUGUAUUACGGAUUGUGUGAUGGCAGAAAUUGAGAAGCUGGGACAGAAGUACAGAGUCGCACUAAGAAUAGCAAAGGAUCCACGGUUCGAGCGAUUACCCUGUACACACAAAGGAACAUAUGCUGAUGAUUGUCUAGUGCAGCGAGUCACACAGCACAAAUGUUACAUUGUGGCGACAGUGGACAGAGAUCUCAAGAGGAGGAUCCGAAAAAUUCCAGGAGUCCCUAUUAUGUACAUCUCUAAUCACAAAUACAACAUUGAACGGAUGCCGGAUGACUAUGGUGCCCCCAGAUUUUGAUAAGGCAGCAAAAUUCUGCUUACACCAAAGGAUUGGUGUUUGCUGUUUGUCAGUGACCUCCGUAGCUUCUGAAUAAAAACUUGGGGCAUGUACAGGUUCCACAAAAAUGUAGAAAGGAUUUUUGUUUGAUAGUAAACUGAGUUGUUAUUUUGAGAUAAAAAGUUUUAAACUGUAAGUGGGAUUGGCUUCCAACUUAUUUUCCUUGAAUGUCUUCCACUCCCUGGUUAUGUUUCCGUUUGGUGACGUUACAGUGCCAACGAUUCAAAAAUUCCAAUGCAUCAUCUUUGGAUCUUGGCAAUGAUGUCAAGUUGUAGAAAGUGACAUCUAGGCCUCAUUUUAUCUUCUUUGUAACAUCAUGUGAAUACUUCCAACUAGAGUAUUGUUUACCAGUUGGAAGUGGGAACUCCAAAUGAGUUAUCCUAAAUCUAGGAAACCCAUGUCAGGUAGCACCCUUAUUCAAUAUUGACUAUGAUAAGCCAGCUCAAUACAAGUGAAGAAUUGAAUAAAUAUCACUUUGUGUGCCUGAGAGGUGGUGAUUUUACCAUUUUUCGCAAUGUAUGAUGUUGUACAGAUUUACUUUUCAAUAUUAUAUUUAAACAAUUAUUA